GAACCAUCAGCCAUUAGUCGUUGUUAAGAAGUUGUGCUAAGCUAACACGCUUUACAAGCUUUAAGGUCCAAGCGUUAACAUUAAGUGAUUGGGAAUAAAAGUUAAAUCAGAAAAAAAAGUUAACAUCCAAAAUAUAUAUUUUUUUGAAACAAAGAAAAUAUAUAUCGAUCAAAUCAAAUCAAUUCCCUUUAAGUGAUUCCAAGUGAUUUGAGUUCAACACCAAAAAAAUAACAAAGAAAAAAUAAACCUUCCCGAAGGCUGAUAUUUUUAAUACAUUUUUUUCAAACAAAGGAAUAUAACUUCAAACACUAAAACAAAAUGAAAUUCUUUAACAUCACCCUACUUUUUGUUAUCCUCGCUUUGGCCUGCUGCUUGAGCACAACAAUGGCUGAUGAUGCUAAACGUGGUCUGAGACGUCCACCAGGUAAAUUGACCAAGACCUCAACAACCACCGUCAAUCCCAGCGAAGAUGAAGAAGGCGAUUACCCCGAGAACGGUGAAGAAGGCCAAGAGGGCGAAGAAGCUGAAGAGGCUGAUGUGUCGACAACCACCACCACCACAGAGGCACCCAAACGUAUUGGUCCCGUCAUUCGUCCAUUCCGUUCCAACGAUGAUUUCUUGAACUCCUUGAAGCGCAGACAAAUGAAUGCCAAGAAAGCUAAGGCCGAAAAACCUGCCCCCAAGCCCAAAGCCCCUGUCAGCCAAGACUCCGAAGAUGGAGAAGAAGAUGCUGCCCCAGCUGCCCCCGCCCCAGCCAAGGGUUUCAGCAAACCCAAUUCAGCUUUGAGCCGCAAUCGCAAGGCCGGCAAGCCCACAAAACCAGAACCCGUCGAUGAACCCGCCGACGAUGCUGAGGCCGAACCUAAAGAAGAUGCUAAGCCCAAACGUCCAUUGGCUGGCCGUUUAGCCUUAAGGAAACGUAACUAAAUGUUACCCAUUGUCCUAAGUCCUUUACUUUAUUUCGUAAAUUUACUCUCUUCAAAACGCACUCUCUCACUGUAUUCCCUCUAUCCUCUCUCCCUCUCUUUAUAAGUGUGUAGCAUCAUUUUGAUCCUUGUCCUUAGUUUAAGUAAAAUAAAUGUUUAACUAUCCUUCUCCUAGUGUUUCCUUUGAUUGAUCCUCCCUUCAGCUACGUUUCCUAUUUCCCAAUUUUUUUGUUUUGAAGUCUCUCCCCCAAAAAAUCUUCUUCUCCUCCUGUCUUUGAAGUAUGUGUUAUAAUAUUAUUUUUUAUAUUAUAUAUUUUUUAUUUUGUAUAUAUAUUUUUUCUUUUUUUUUUUAAACAAACACAAAACAAAUAAAUUGAAAUAAUUUUUAAAAAUAAAA